GGAAUGUAACAGUUCAAUACCUUAGUAACGUUAGUGUAGUGUUAACAUUUUGUGGCACGCUCAGUUUUCUCUCACUCCAGGUUUUCGCGGUAAUAUUGAAUAUGAUGCGCCCAACGUUAGCUGUAACGCUAAUCUGUACAGACAAACGACUCUAUUACAUUUUAUUCGGAUCAUUCCAUUCACAUUUAUUAACGUAACUUUGAUGUGGAUAUUGCUACACGGUGAUUUUCUCUUAUGAUCCUUUAUCUUUGUACAAGACCGAUGACUACUGCUGUAAAGUCUUUGUUUUGUUAAAGAAGUACUCUGUUAUCCAUCACUACUGAACUGCAGACAUUCAGUUUCAAAGUAGUGAUCAUCUCCAUCAUCUAUGGAGAAGGAUGCGAGCCCUGAGCUCUCUCUUGCUCCUGAGCCAGAGCAGAGCCAGGACCGUAUGGAUAACUGCUCUCAAGGCCUUGGUGAAGGGGAUAGCGAGCAGAAGGAACAGUUUCAAAUUGAAAGCGAGAAUGUGGUCAAAGAGACACUAGAGGAGACGGAUAACCCUUCCAAGGCCAACAGUGAAGUAAAGAAGACUUGGGGUUUCCGAAAGUCCACAGUUGCAAAGAGAGAGAUGCCAGUGGAGGCAGCAACUGAGAGCUCUGAAAACCGCUGUCCUGUACGUCGUAGUGGCAGACAGUCUAAGCGUACUGACAAACUAGAGGAAUUUCUCUUGACCGCCAAAAGGGGGUCAAGAAAGAGCGCCCCUGCCAGUCUGGAAAGUGGAGACCCUCCUUCUCAAACCCCGACUGAUGCAGAGACUGCCUCAGAGGCCAGCUUUGACGGUAACGCUGACCCCAAGGCUGUAGAGGACAAGGCAGAGUCUCCAGAGAGGAAGACAAGAAGCGGCACAAGGAAGCAGACACAACGGAAAACUCAAGGUGGAAGACAGAGCAGAGGAGGUGGUAGAGUUACAGUCAAAGAUGAGGGAAGCUCUGACAAUGAGGAUGGUAGUACUGCCAGUAAGGACCAGUUACCAGAAAAAAAAGAUGAAAUGAGUUAUCCCAAUCCUGACGAUGUAGAGAACACUAAAACAGUACAACCUCAGCCGGAGCCGGGCUCUGAGAAGAUCGAGGUUGUUGAGCAGCAGAACGAACAUGGCGAUAAGAUCGACAGUGUGGAAAUGGAGGAGAGUGACAGAGAGACUGACAAGGACAGCGCAGACAAGUCUGUGGCAAUGUUGGUAAAACGUGGACCAAUAAGAACUUACGUCAAUAAAAAGAAGGCAGCUAGUAAGAACACUACCCCUGUCAAAGCUCCUGCCAACAAGUGUACCUUUACUGGCAAGAGGGAUGCCAAGCCCAAAGCUACCCAGGCUUCUGGAAAGACACGCAAGGCCCAGACACAAGAGGACAAUGAUGACGAGAAUGAUGAAGAUGAGGAUGAGGAUGAUGAGAAUGACUCUUCAAUGUCUUCGUCUUCAUCAUCCGUUGAGUCAGACGAUGGAGGUUAUGACCCCAAUGCACUUUACUGCAUCUGUCGUCAGAAACACAACAAAAGGUUCAUGAUCUGCUGUGACCGCUGUGAGGAGUGGUUCCAUGGAGACUGUGUGGGUAUCACUGAGGCCCGUGGGCGCUUGAUGGAGAGAAAUGGGGAAGACUACAUCUGCCCCAACUGCACCGCUAAGAAGAACCAGGUGGUCAGACCUGCCACGUCUGUCCUCUCUGCAACCACAGAAACUGGGAAGCCCAAAGUUGACGGUGCUCCUCCUAGUUCUGCUCUCGCUGUUUCUGCUGCUACUGCUGAGAAAACUUACGUUAGUGGAAUUGACCCCACUCAGGCAGCUGUUCACCCUGGAGCACCACCUCUAUCCACCACAUGUGGUGGAACUGAAGAGAAAGGAACAGAGGACCUGGGUAUCAAAGGCAGGAUAGAGAAAGCUACUAAUCCAACUGGGAAAAAGAAGAUAAAGAUCUUUCAGCCGCAGGCUGUACAGCAGCCACCUGAACCCAAAGCAGGCCAGAAACCAGCACCACUCACAGAAAAGAAGGCAGCACUCGUGGCAGAGCAGAAAGCUCAACCAGACACGGAACAGAAGGUGGCGUCAAACGUGGAGGUGAAGACGACGCCAGCAGCGGAGGUGCAAGAGGAGAACGCCACCGAGGGGGAGUCUUCUCUUCCCAAGUGUAUCGGGCCUGGCUGUGAGAAUAACGCCCAGCCAGACUCAGUGUACUGUGGCAAUGACUGUAUCCUGAGACACGCCGCUGCGGCCAUGAAAUCCAUCACUGACGUCAAAGAGCCCAAGCAGAAGGACAAGGCCAAGGCUCAGAAAACCAAGUCUACACCAAAGAGGAGCAUCGGCGGUGGGAAGAAGGCGCAAAAGAAUACCCAGGAGGAGUCGGACAGCGAGGAAGAUCACAGUCCUGAUCCAGAUGAGGACGACGAAGAUGAGCACGCUGUGGAACACCCACCCCCACCGGCCACUGCGUCCUGGUCCAGCGACCAUAAUUACAUUGCAGUAACACCAGAAAAGACUACACCCAUAUCACCAACAGUGUUAAACAAAAAGUCACCCCCAAAAGAAGAGAAGAAGAGUGAGAAGGAGCAGAAAGAGAAGGAACCUGAGCCAGAGAAAGCUCCUGAGAAGCCUUCCCCAGCGUCUGUGACACCACUCAAAGCAAACAAGAAGGCUCCGACCACUAAAGCAGCCAAGGUCUCCCCAAAGGACAAGAAGCAUUCUCUUCGGAAUACCAGCUCAAAGGCGUCAAAAAAACCUGUGAAGCCCCAGAGUAAAACUGCAGCAAAGUCCAAGAAGCCAAGCCCUUCGGCCGUCCACCCCCCACCUUCCUUCCCUCCAGGACCGAUCCACGUCACAGGGGCACUGAGAGUCACCAAGUCCAACUUUACUAUCCCCAAGAAGCAGCCACAACAGAGGGAUACUACAUCUGAUAGUCACUCCUCCUCCAGAGUCCCAUCAUCUCCAGUUUCUUCUGCUCCCUCCAGCCACUCCUCCUCCAGAACUGCACAUGCAGCUGCUUCAGCACACACUGUGUCGCCUGCACUGCCGCCUCCACCCAACAACCAGAUGAGGCAAAACAUCCGCCGCUCUCUGACAGAUAUUCUCUAUAAGAGGGUGAGCGACAGUGAUGAUCUGAAAAUGACUGAGAGUGAGGUGGGAAGGCUGGCAGUUGCCAUUGAAAAAGAAAUGUUCAACCUCUGCCUUAACACUGACAGCAAAUACAAGAACAAGUACAGGUCCCUCAUGUUCAACCUGAAAGAUCCUAAAAACAAAGGCUUGUUCUACAGGGUGGUGGGUGGUGAGGUUAGCCCCUUCAGACUGGUGAGACUAAGUGCCGAAGAGCUGCUUUCCAAAGAGAUAUCCGAGUGGAGGAAGCCAGAUGCUCCCGAGGUACAGUCUCCCAGUUCAAGGGCCCAUUCUGGUCAGUCCAAACUGGGCAACAGACAUGACUCACAUAGCAUGGAUAUGGAUGAUGCUCCACCAACAUCUGAUGGAGAUGUAUGUAUCUCUACCACCUCUUCAUCUUCUCGCAUGGCCUCUGCUGCAGACCAAGAUGAGUCAACUUCAGCACAGCUCUCUGCUGUUGAGGGAAACAGUGGCAGCAGCAUGCCAGACAUUUUCAGUGCCAUGCUGAAAGACACCACCUCUGAACACAGGACUCAUCUUUUUGACCUCAACUGUAAAAUAUGCACAGGUCAGAAGAUGGAAGAUGAGCCUGCAGCUAAGAAAGCCAAACUGACUAAGAAGCCUGAAACUAAGCCACCCAGACAAGAGCUGCAUUCAUCCAGAUCGGUGGAUGUCCAUCCUGCCAGCCAACCACAGGUCCCCACAACCUACCAGCACCAAGACCCUUUAGCCCACCAACACCCUGUCCCUUCAUCCUACCAGUCUAACAUGGAGACAGCAGUACCAGAAUCACAUCCGCAGUUUUAUCAGGAGGACCUUAAUAUGUUGGUACCUCCAGCUCCGGUUUCUGCACCGAUUGCCCCUACUGUGUCUUCUGUCAGCAUCACCCGCAGAGACCCCCGCAUGGCCAGGCACAGCUCUGGUGUGACUGUCACCUACACCGCCCCAGAAAAAACCAUCAACAACUCAGCAGAACCACUCCCAGCUCCUCUUAGUGUUCCAGUGGAUGUCGGACCCAAGCCACCACUUCCGAAGCCCCCAGCUCCUCCACCUUCAGUAGCUAUGUCCAAACUACCGAAAAUAAGUACAUCUGAAGCUUCUCCUGAGGGUGAGACGGCAAUCUUCCUCCAUGGUCAAGAGAAAAUUUGGAAAGGACUUAUCAACAUGCAGUCUGUGGCUAAGUUUGUGACCAAGGCUUACCUGGUAUCAGGAUCUUUUGAACAUCUGAAGGAGGAUUUGCCAGACACCAUUCAUAUUGGAGGACGCAUAUCUCCAAACACUGUGUGGGACUAUGUCGGGAAACUGAAGACCUCACUCUCCAAGGAACUUUGUCUCAUUCGUUUUCACCCAGCCACAGAGGAAGAAGAGGUGGCAUAUGUCUCUCUCUUCUCUUACUUUAGCAGCAGGAAACGAUUUGGUGUGGUUGCAAAUAACAAUCGCCGCAUCAAGGACCUCUAUCUCAUCCCGCUGGGCUCAAAGGACCCAUUACCCUCCAAACUGUUACCGUUUGAUGGGCCAGGGCUUGAACCAGCUCGUCCUAACCUCCUCUUGGGGCUGCUGAUCUGCCAGAAAGACAGAAAGCGAGCUGGUGCUCCAUUGGAAAGUGAGGAAAAGCGGUCCAAGACUCAAACCAAAGAUCCUGAUGACACUGGUCUUCCAAAGCCAUCUCCUUCAGUCAGAGCAGAAAGAAGUACACGGCAGAGUCUUGAAAUCCCUUUCAGCACGACUCCUCCAGGGUCACCUCCAUCCAAUUCCUCUGAGACCAUAAGCAGCGCUGUGAACGCCUCCUCAGUCCUUUCCUUCUUGUCCUCUGUCAAAGCACCAGCCACAUCCACUACGACUGGCAAGGACUCCCCAUCUUCAUCCAGCUCUGUCGCUUCCUCUGCAGCAGCUGCCACUCCUCUUCAGACCAUCCUCAACACUCUUUUUGGCAAGAAAAAGCUCGACUCUGAAGCUUCCAACUCUCCAUCUGAUCAGGGUGGAGAACUCUCCGUCCCGCCUGCUACAAUGCUAGACCCCAUUGUACAGCAGUAUGCACAGAUUUCUAAAGAGAAACAGGUUGAAGAUGAUGAAGAUGACCGACCAUAUGACCCAGAAGAAGAGUAUGACCCAAGUAGGGGUUACAAUGUGCCCAAGAAGCCUGUUGAUGUAACAUGUAAACUUGAAAUCACUAAGCAGCCAGAGGUGGUUGCAAAUGAAAGUGAUGAUGUGGCUUACGACCCAGAGGAUGACUCCAUUUUUGAUGACGUCAAAACUUUAGUACCCAUCCAAACUAAGGCUGAAUCUAUAACUGAUCCACAAAAGAUCUUGGAAAGCCUUAAACAGUUUGGGGAUCAAACAUUCCAGAAACAAGGAGAACAGCAAAUGUCAUCCACAGGUACUCCUGGUGCGACAUCGACUCUUCCAGACACACUCCUAACUCAACCUGCCAAAUCCUUGUUGGCCAAUACUCAGCUACUGCAGCUUGGGAAAAAAGUUGAAGAACUAGUUAAGUCUUCAUCAGCAGCUCCCUUGAUCAACCAGAAAAGAGAUCCCCGACAGAGCAGGGAUCCUCGCCAAGCUGCAACUAGCAAAAAACUGACUGAUGAACCUGAGGAGAAAGAUGAGACAUCUGCUGAGUUGCCUGAUUCUACUCUUUCACAGCCUGUGAUACAAGAAAAUCAGCCAUCUAAUGUAGCUGAGGUCCCAGACUCCCCACCAGUCCCAGAAACAUCACUGCCUCAGGAGGAAGUGAAAAGCGAGAUGCUACCUUUCCCGGAGUUGGAUAAGGCCGAGGUGUCAAUUCCAUUAUUGGGAGAGGAGGUGGAACCUGACAUGGAGGUCAACUACUUGGAUGAGAAAGAAGUGAAAAAUGAGGAAGCUGAGCCAGUCAAAGCAGAAACAGAGAUGGACAAGUACAGUAUUUGGCCAAACGCUGCCAGUAUUUUAAAAACUGGUGAGGACUCAGAGUAUGAGGAGAAUAGCCAAGAUACACCAACCACAAGUUAUUACAAUGAGCUGGCAAGCACAUCCACAGUAACUUCAACAAUCCCAGUACUCACUCAGAGCACAACAUUGGGUGACACUCAGUCCCAUCAUAUGCCGCAUCACAUGUCAGCGUCAGGCUUUGACAGCAAGUACAGACCUCCAGGUGACAUUCCCCCACCGUCCAACUUCCCCCCACCCCAUCUGAUGCAGGGACAAACCAUGAUUAUGAGGCCUCCGCCGAUGUCUGUGCCACCACCCAUGCAGGCUCUUCCUCCAAUGUCAGGCCCCCCUCCUAUGCAGGGACACCCCCCACCCAUUCAUGUUCCUCCCCCUCUACGUGGUCCUCCCCCCAUGCAGGGUGACAGCAGCCAGCAGUAUGGCCCACCUCCAGCUGCAUACCCUCCCUACCAAAAUCAGUGGACAGGCACCCAACCUCCACCGCAGCAGCAGCCUCCUCCUGGACCUCCUCCUCAGAAUAUCAUGCCACCCAGAGGACCACCACCAUUCUCUCCCAUGGCCCAAAGAGGCCCUGCUCCUCAAAUGUUUGAUCCCUCCGUUCCCCCUCAGCACAUUGGACAACAAGGCCCCCCUCCAGGCCUCCCCCCACCUCCUGCUUUUGAUGGACAGAACAGUUUGCCUCCACCAAGAUUCGCUGGUCCACCACCACCAUACAAUUUCCCUGCAAACAGAGGUCCUCCUCCACCUUUCACAGGGCCACCUCCACCUCACUUUGAUAACAGAGUCCCUCCUCCGUCCCACUUUCCAGGGCCUAGGGGUCCCCCACCAUCUCAGUAUGGUGAGCAUGGGGCUCAUCCCUCAGUGAUAGACCAACCUCGAGGCCCAGCAGAACAAUAUAAUAAAGAAAAUUCUAACUCUUUUAAGCUAAAUGUGGACCAGAAUCCAAACUCUGGCCAUGUUUUUAAAGAUAAUCAGGGUCUUUCACCAGGUCCAGCAUACCGGGGACCUCCACCUAACCAGUAUGAGGACAGAAGAGGCCCACCUUCCAGUGGUGAGAUGAGUGGACAACACUUCAGUCCACAUCACCAAUAUGGGAGCUCCAGACCACACUCUUCACCACCUCAUCGAGGAUCUUUUGAUGAGCUCAGAGGUCCUCCAUCUCAUGAGACUAGACCCCACCCUUCUCAGCAUUUUGGAGGAUCAGAGCGGUACCGCUUUGAUAGACACUCUGAUGAGGCUAGACCUGUUCGCCACAGUGGGCCGCUACUGCCAACUCCUCCAGAGGCUCCCUUAGGUCUUUCAAGUCGCAUGGGAGCCCACAGUCCUGACCUGCACAGGGAUGACCACUGGCGACGGCACUCUCCUGAGAUCAGAAGGAGGAGCAGCUCCACCCGAGAGGACUCGGAGCCCCACGGUGGAGAUCGCUUCAGUCGUUUCGAAGGAGGCCACAGAGAACCUCCUCCUGGUCCCUCACAGCCCUCUGAAGAGAGACCAAGGGAGCUGUCCGAGGACCGUCGGAGGGAAAGAGAACGGGAAGUCCUUCACCCUGGCAGGCCGUCAUGGGACAGGGGCCAGGUCAAGAGAUGGAGCAGAGAGCGAGAUUGGGAUAGAGGCAGAGAAAGGGACCGUGAUCGUGAGCGUAGCCGAGAAAGAGACCGCAGCAAAGCGAAGGAGGGCGAGAGGCACAGGGAGUCGGAGGGAGAACGACACAGGGAUCAAGACACAGACAAGAGGAGAGACCGGGAGAGAGACAGGGAAAGAGACAGACCUAGGGAUACUGACAGGAGGGACUACGAACGUGACAGAGGGAGAAACCGAGACCGAGACCGUGACCGUGACCGUGACCGAGACCGAGACCGAGACCGUGACCGUGACCGAGAUCGAGAGCGAGAUAGGGACAGGGACAGAAGACGGGAUAGAUCCCGAAGCAGGGAACGUGACAGGGACAGAGACCGUGGUAAAGACCGAGGCAGGGACAGAGACAGGGAGAGAGAGAGAGACCGGGACAAAGACAGAGACCGUCGGGACAGGAGCAGAAGCAGAGAAAAGAGAGAGGAGAAAAAGGACAGUAAACAUGAUACACCCAAGGAGAGUGAUAAAACUGCAGAAAACGACAAGAGCAUAUCCUAGUCUCUAUUCUGUGGACACAACAUUACAGUUUUGAGAGACAUUUGAUCUCAGUUGAAGUUAUCAGUGUAAAUGUAGAUUAAUAGUAUUUAGUUAAAUUUCCACAGUUGUGUUUCUACUAGAAAUAACGUUUGACAAUAUUUGUAUUCUUAUUGUCACUUAAAAGCUUUCUAAUUAGUUUUAUCACAUUUGAAAAAGGCCAUUUCAUUGCUUGUGUACAAGAUGUAUUAAGUAGGCUACUGAGUCCUGUUACAUGUACCUUUGUCCCUUCAAAACAUUUUUUUUAAGAAAACAAUAAUGUAACUGAUUAACACACCAUUUGCAAUAUGUAAAUAUGAAUGUAUUUGUGUAUAUACUGAUGUUUUUAAUCAUACUUUUCUAAGUAGAGAAAUUAAAAGCCAUAUAUCUGAAAUGGAUAUUGUGAAUGUUAAGGCAAAACUAUUUACACACGUACGUGUGUUUAUAUGUCCAGCAGGUUUGAACUUUAAGGCUCCAACUAUCUACAGUAUACACUGCAUCAAUGGUCGUCAGUGAGAUGUCCUGAUUUUGUUUCAGUUCAACCAAUUAAACCCGUUUGAUGACA